AUGGUCUGGUGUGGUGUUUGUGCGUGUGAAGACCUGGUGCACCAGAUUUCCACGGAAGCACCCAUAGGAAAUCCGGUUUACCAGGGGGAAGAAGGGAAUACCCUGGUCUCUCGCAGAAGCACCUACAGAGUGACCAAGAGUAUUCGGGGUCAGGAUGUGGAAAGCGGGCGAAGGGUGUUACCUUGUUCGCAGAAGCACCUACAGAACAGUGGUUCUUUGAAUUAUGGGCACUGGAUAUGCACAUAUUACGAUGGAGCAAGACUUAAUAUUUAUGACAGUCUUAAUCGAGGACGUUUAAAUCAAGAUGAGAGAGAGUAUUUGCUUAGAUUAUAUCCUUUCAAACCAGUUGUAGUUUUUUGGGCAGUUCAUCCACAAGCGGUCGGUAGUGUUGAUUGUGAAAAAGAUGAAGAUCCAUGUUUUGGACAAUUAUUUAUAUAUGAUCCAGAAGACUCUAUUCGUUAUAGAUUGAAACAUAAUGAAAUAUUAGAUGAACAAAUUUUACAAAUUAUAGAAAGACUAAUGAGAGAUGAUAAUGUAUAUACGAAAUCUUUGUUGAUGAUGUCUGAAGUUAUUAAAAUAGAAACUGAAUUAGCAAGAAAAAAUAAAGGUGAAAUUCCUGAUUUGCAAUUACUAUUUACAUUGAAAAAAGGUGUAGAUAAAAAAAGGUACAAUUUUCAAAGAUGCAAUGAAGUAGCUGCAAUUUUUAAUACGAAUUCAGAGGGUGAAAUUCCGGAAUCUUAUAUUACGGUUUAUAAUAAAUCCAACAAACAAUUACAAGUCGUAAGUAAUUUAGAUCCUAAUGUUGAACCUUGGAUAUAUCCAAUAUUUUAUCCACUAGGGAAUAAAGGUUAUUCUAUAGAUAUGAUUCGUAGAGACAGCGAUAAAAGAAACAGAAAUCAUACAAUUUCAAGAUCUGCUUACAUAAAAUAUAAAAUAGCUAUAAGAGAUAAUGAAUUUAAUCAAUUUUUAUUAGGAGGUAGAUUAUUUCAACAGUGGGUGGUUGAUAAUUAUGUCAAAAUUGAAAAAGAUAGAUUGAAGUUUUGUGCAAAUAAUCAAGGUCAAUUGAGAAGUGAAACAUAUAAAGGAUUAAUUGAUUAUUUAUAUAAUGAAGAGUCGAAAAGUGACGUACAUGUUGGAAAAAUGUUAAUACUCCCCUCCACAUUCAUAGGGUCACCUCGCAAUAUGAUGCAACAAUAUCAGGAUUCUAUGGCUAUUGUAGGGCAUCAUGGUAGGCCAGAUUUAUUCAUUACAAUGACCUGUAAUCCACAUUGGAAAGAAAUUCAAGAAAAUCUAAUGCCUUUUCAAUCUGCUUCCGAUAGACCUGAUAUUGUGGCAAGAGUUUUUUCUUUAAAAGUAAAACAUUUAAUUAAAACUAUUGUCGAUGAUAAGUUAUUUGGAGAGGUAAAAUCUUUUGUUUAUGUUAUUGAGUUUCAAAAACGGGGGUUACCGCAUAUUCAUUUGUUGGUUAUAUUGACCGAAAAUUGUAAAAUAUUAUCACCAGAAAGUGUUGAUCAGUAUAUUUCAGCAGAAAUUCCUGACGAAAACGUUAAUCCAAAAUUGCACAAAAUUAUAAUGCAAAAUAAUAUUCAUGGUCCUUGUGGAGAUUGGUGUAUAGUUGAUGGAAAGUGUUCUAAAAAUUUUCCAAAAAAUUUUGAAGAAAAUACAACAUUUGAAACGAACAAUUAUGUUCUUUAUCGUAGAAGAAAUACAGGUAAAACUUAUAAUAGACCAAAUGGGUAUAAUGUUGAUAAUAGGUUUGUUGUACCUUUUUGUCCUAAACUUUCAGAAAUAUUUAAUUGUCAUAUUAAUGUGGAAGUUGUGUCAAGUAUUAAGUCGGUAAAAUAUUUAUAUAAGUACAUUUAUAAAGGGCAUGACGCUGCUUCUAUUAUUAUUACGAAUAGUAAUGGUGAAUCUGUUAUCAAUCAUGAUGAAAUUAAUCAUUAUGAAGAAAAUAGAUAUGUUGGUCCUGUUGAAGCUGUUUGGAGAAUUUUGAGCAAACCUUUAGGAAAAAAGAGUCAUAGUAUUAAUCGUUUACCUGUUCAUUUACCAAAUGAACAAAAUGUUCUUAUACAUACAGAUGAAGGUAACAGUAAAAUUUCUUUUGAUUUAAAAAAGACAUCAAAACUAUUAGAAUUUUUUGAAUUAAAUAAACGCGAUAAAAAUGCUAAUCAGUAUUAUUAUUCGGAAAUUCCAGAACAUUAUACAUGGAUACAAAAAAGUUUGCAAUGGAAAAGAAGAUUACGCAAGGAAAAGGUAUUAGGAAGAAUGUAUUCUGUUAGUCCAUCGCAAGUAGAAUUAUUUCAUUUGAGAUUACUAUUGCUAACAUGUAAAGGGGCUACUUCAUUUGAAAAUUUGAGAACAGUAAAUGGAGUUAUUCAUGAAACAUUUACUUCUACGUGUCUAGCACUGGGACUCAUAGAAGAUGAUUAUGAGUGGACUAGAACAAUAGAAGAAGCUGCAAUUUGGAUGAUGCCUCAUGCACUUCGCAAGUUAUUCGUAAGAAUUUUGAUUCAUUGUCAUCCAGUACAUCCUUAUGAAUUGUGGGAACGAUUUAAAAGUGAAAUGUCUGAAGAUUUAAAAAAAAAUAAUAUUUCUGCAGCAGAAGAUGAAGCUUAUAGAAAUAUAAAGACAUUGUUGUCUAAUGAAGGAUACAGUUUAAAUCAUUUUGAAGGCAUGCUUGAGAUUGAAGAGGAAGAAGUACUUUUAGAGAGAAAUAAUGAUAUUGACAUCAUAGAUCAUAAUGCUUUGGGUCUAGAAAAAUAUAAUAAUUUAAACUUUAAACAAAAAUGUAUUGUUGAUCAUAUUAUGAAAGCAGUUGAUGAUUCAUCAAAGAACAUUUGUAGAUAUAUAUACGUUGACGGUGCUGGAGGUUCUGGAAAAACUUUUUUGUAUAAAACAUUAUGGCAUUUAUUGCUAAGUAGAGGAAGAAAAGUAUGUAAUAUGGCAUUUACUGGAAUAGCUGCCACUUUACUUCCGUGCGGGAAAACUGUUCAUAAAAUACUGGGUUUACCUGUUCCUCUAUUUAGCGAUUCACAUUCAAAUAUUAAAGUGCAAUCAAAGGAAGGAAAUUAUCUUAAAGAAAUUGACGUUUUCAUUUGGGAUGAAGCACCAAUGGCUCCAAAGUAUGCCUUGGAAAUAAUGGACAGACUAUUAAUGGAUUUAAUGAAAUCAUCUGAACCUUUUGGGGGUAAAGUUUUAAUUUUGGGAGGAGAUUUCAGACAAAUUUUACCUAUUAAAGAUCGAGUAUUAAUGAAGGAUUAUGCAAUGGGACAAGAUUGCUAA